AUGCCGUUAUUAUGCUGGCUCCUACCGCUGCGACUGCCCUGCUGCACUUAUUCAUCCAUCCAACCAUCGAUCCACCACCAAUACCGUUCUUACCGUUGCGCCUGUCCCCGCGGGUUCCGCCUGGACUUGAAAGGCUCGCGCUGCCUGGACAGGGACGAGUGCGCGGACGGCUGCUGCCAAUCGCCAUGCCGUAAUUAUGCUGGCUCCUACCGCUGCGACUGCCCUGCUGGUAAGUACACCUUCCGUCCACCACCAUCCAGCACUUAUUCAUCCAUCCAACCAUCGAUCCACCACCAAUACCGUUCUUACCGUUGCGUCUGUCCCCGCGGGUUCCGUCUGGACUUGGAAGGCUCGCGCUGCCUGGACAGGGACGAGUGCGCGGACGGCCGCUGCCAAUCGCCAUGCCGUAAUUAUGCUGGCUCCUACCGCUGCGACUGCCCUGCUGGUAAGUGCACCUUCCGUCCACCACCAUCCAGCACUUAUUCAUCCAUCCAACCAUCGAUCCACCACCAAUACCGUUCUUACCGUUGCGUCUGUCCCCGCGGGUUCCGUCUGGACUUGGAAGGCUCGCGCUGCCUGGACAGGGACGAGUGCGCGGACGGCCGCUGCCAAUCGCCAUGCCGUAAUUAUGCUGGCUCCUACCGCUGCGACUGCCCUGCUGGUAAGUGCACCUUCCGUCCACCACCAUCCAGCACUUAUUCAUCCAUCCAACCAUCGAUCCACCACCAAUACCGUUCUUACCGUUGCGUCUGUCCCCGCGGGUUCCAUCUGGACUUGGAAGGCUAG